AUGGUGGCAAAGAAGUCUGCGAAGGCGGCCAAGUCCAAGGACUCUGGCAAGAAGGGAAAGGGGAAGAAGAAGAGAGCGGAGUCCUACAGCACCUACAUCUUCAAGGUGCUCAAGCAGGUGCACCCGGAGACCGGUAUCAGCAAGAAGUCCAUGAUGAUCAUGACUUCUUUCAUUUCCGAUACGUUCGACAAGAUCGCAACGGAAGCGGGCAAGCUGUGCAAGUACAACAAGAAGGACACUCUGUCGUCCCGGGAAAUCCAGACGGCAGUCCGUCUUGUCCUCCCUGGUGAACUUGCCAAGCACGCCGUCUCUGAGGGCACCAAGGCUGUCACCAAGUACACCGGCAAAUAA